AUGAAGAAAUUUCAGAUCUACACAGUUCCCCUAAUAAUCAAGAGAUCCUUUCGCGUGGAUUAUUAUUCGAGUGGAUUAUCCUCCGAAGGCCGCAUCCAGUACAUUCUGUGCAUUUGCACAUUCUGCGACGAGACGACACGAACCCAGUUUACAGGAAGCGUCUGCACACGUGCAGCUCAUGCCUUCGCCGGCCAACCUUUACGCCGACGACACGCGGGCACCGCGCGUCAGCCGGUGCGUCGCACGCGUCACCACCAUGCCGCAAUCCUGUACUACAUAAAAUCGGCGUGGAAGAAAGGCAGGCCACUUCACUGCCCAGAGCCCAGCGCCGAGCAUCAUCCACUGCAGGAACUCGCUAGAGACCGAGCCCAGAUCGAGGGCGCAAGGGCGCAGGCGCAGCCGAGGAGGGAAGACGACCCGCUCCAGGCGCAGGGCGACACGGCCCAGCUGCUGGGCCAGGGCCAGGACCCGCAGCAGGCGGCCAUCAGGUACGGCCACGUGUUCGCCGUGACGGGCGACCUCGCGGGGCAGCCCAUCGCGCCGCGCGACGCGGCCGCCAUGCGGUCUGCCGAGGACAGCGUGCCGGGCGUCCAGGUUCCGGAGGGCGCCGGCGGCGGCUUCCGCGCCGCGACCGCCAUGGAGACGGCCGCGGCAUACGAGGCCGUCGGGGCCGUGCACCCCGGCCAGGCCAGCGGCGCCGCCGCCGCGCAGGGAAUCAUCGUCCCCCAGACCGCCGUGCCGGGGGGCCGCGUCGUCACGGAGUUCGUCGCGGGCCAGGUCGUGGGGCAGUACUCCGUGGCGGACCCGCCGCCGGCCGCGGAGGAGGACGCCACCAAGAUCACCAUCGGCGAGGCGCUGGAGGCGACGGCGAGGGCGGGGGCCGGGCGCCCCGUCGACCGCGCCGACGCGGAGGCCAUCCGCGCCGCGGAGAUGAGCGCGCACGGGGCGGACGUCGCCAUGCCCGGCGGCCUCGGCGACCAGGCACGGGCCGCGGCGCGCGCCAACGCCCAGGCCACGCGCGACGGCGGCAAGGUCAAGAUCGGCGACCUCCUCUCGGACGCGACGGCGAAGCUGGCCGGAGACAAGGCCGCGGCGACGGAGGACGCGACGAGGGUGGUCCAGGCGGAGACGUUCAACGACGCCGAAGCGCACGCCAGGGCCGGCGGGGUGGGCGCGGCGGUGGCCACGGCGGCGAGGCUCAACGAAGACAACAACCUCGGCGACGCUUGAAUUUUGUCCCAAGAACCAUAGUAGACUGUUAGAUGGAGCGAGCUUCAAGGGUGAGAGUCUGCACGCAUGUGUAUAGCUAGUUUGGUACUGUAGGUGUGUGGGGGCAGAAAUAAAAGUCAGUUCCUGUGAUCGAUCGUCAGUUCUGGCCUGACACUCUGUUAUGCUCAGAGAAUGUUGCCUCAGAAAGAAUGAAAAAAAAUCGGUUUUACCCUUUUAAGACC